UCUCGUGCCAGAAGCCCGCGGAGGUGACGCCGGUGUGCAUCGCGCGCUCUCCCUGCCUCGCACUGCCGCGCGGCUCCUGCAGUCAGCUGUUGCGAAGGAGCAACCGACAACGACGAGUGGUCACGCGGGAAGGCCGCCCCCUGUUACCGGAGGGACCACUCGGUUCGAACGGCCGCGAUCGAGGUCUUGGCAGAGGGCAAGCGACCGAUGCUACCGGCUGCAAUUUGACGGGAAAGGAACGCUGUCGCUUGGCACCUCCAGAAAGGUCAUCCGAAAGCUGACGGCGGAGCGCAUUCCGCAGUGAGUGUUGAAGCCCUGCUGCGUAAAGAGCGCGAGACGACACUGCUUGAAGCACUUCCUGGACGAGGCUGUCUGCAAGAAUUUCUUGAUCUGUUUUCUUCUGUCCGCAAACAACAAGAGCCAUUCCUAGACAGCUGUUUGCCAGAAUCUACCAGACGAUUUUCAGUCACGUCUGUCGCCCGCAAACAGUCUUGAGCACCGAUAACGUUCCAGCACUAAUCAGGACAAGGGCAUCGAGGAAUCUUUCGGUUCAUCCUGAGUCCUCGCCGCUUCUCGUGUCGUGCUUGCGGUUUGUGUGUCAUCAACUAAUCGUGCCGAUUGCUACCCGAGGACCGAAUUGCAGGAACCGUGUCAUUUGACGACAUUUUUCGAGGCCUCAGUGAUAGCUCGUUUGUUUCGUCCUCCGACCCAGUGCGGGAUCUCUCCGCGCGGUGAAGCGCAUCCUGAAGGCGGCGGACCAAUCAGGGACUGCGCUUGGCGAGCCGCCGUCCUGCCGAAGCCUAUCUUUAUCCAGACGUCGCACGCUCGCUGCUCCUGACAAAGAGUAUCCCGCGAAACGACCGUAAUAAGGGGCUCGAAGGAGAGUGGCGCUGCCCGCCCAGAGAAGAGCUGCCGUCCGUCAGCCGGACCAAGCCAUCAGCUGCAGCGGAUCGCCCCUGGAAACGUGUCCUACAAAGACGACCUUGAAACAGCCUCGGCCUCACUCUCUCCGCCGCAGCCCGAGCGAGCGUUGCCGCUUUCGGGAUCUCGCCGUAUCUUCUCGGCGCGCAAGAAGUGGGUUGAGCGGGCACCCCGAUAGAUCGGGCGCGCAGCAUUGAUCGGAGCGCUCUUCGCCGCUUGCCCGAGCGCCAGUGCGUCGACGUCCGCGCGGUGUUUGUCCCGGCUGAAGCUGCGGCUGGGAUUGCAUCGGUCGUCGUGAGACGAGCUUCGGUCCCGUUCGAGCAGCCUUCGACGCGACUGCGAUUGUCGUCUCAUCGACGACGGUGGUGGAUUCUGUGCAAAGCCGGUUUCUGUCUUGGUCAUUGUCGCCUCGACCAAGAAGGCCAGGCGCCGCCCGUGCGAGAAUCCGGAUCUCCUCUUUUCCCCAAGUCGUCGCCGAUCGGAGGACGCUGCGCGGCGAUGAAGCCCCGGAGCCUGUGCGGGUCGGCGCUGGCGCUGGCGCUGCUGCUGCUCUACCUGUGCGCGGUGCGCCAGGUGCGUGGACAGUCCGGCACGCCGACGGGAAAGAAGCGCUCCGAGGACUACACCUACUUCAACCACGAGGAGAUGACCAAUUUCCUCAAGAAGGUCUCCACCAACUACCCGGACUUCACACGCCUGUACAGCGCUGGAAAGUCCGUGCAAGGGCGUGAGCUGUGGGUUCUGCUGGUGACGAAGGACCCCCAGGAGGAGACGCUGCUCAAGCCCAACGUCAAGUACGUUGCCAACAUGCACGGCAACGAGGCGGUGGGCCGGCAGCUGAUGGUGUACCUGAUCGCGCACCUGCUGACGCGUUACAACGUGGACCCGUACGUGCGCUACCUGCUGGACAACACGCGCAUCCACAUCAUGCCCAGCAUGAACCCCGACGGAUACGAGAUCUCCAAGGAGGGAGCCUGCACCGGCACGCUGGGACGGUACAACGCUCGUGGAGUGGACCUUAACCGCAACUUCCCGGACCACUUCAAGACGCAGACGCAGCAGCAGCAGCCGGAGACGGAGGCCGUGCGGCGCUGGAUACACCAGAUCCCGUUCGUUCUGUCCGGAAACCUCCACGGCGGUGCCGUCGUGGCCUCCUACCCGUUCGACAACUCGCCCAACGCUGUGUUCCACACGUACAACAAGCCUUCGGUGACGCCGGACGACGACGUGUUCCAGCACAUCGCCAGUGUGUAUUCCUUCAACCAUGCUAACAUGUACCUGGGCGCUCCAUGCUCCUCGGAUCGGCAGGCAUUCCCCAACGGCACCACGAACGGCGCAGCCUGGUACCCGCUCGCAGGUGGCAUGCAGGACUACAACUACAUCUGGGAAGGCUGCAUGGAAGUGACGUUCGAGAUCUCUUGCUGCAAGUUCCCGCACCGCCGCGAGCUGCCCCGCUUCUGGGAUGACAACAAGCAGUCGCUGCUCGCGUACCUUGGAGAAGUGCACAAAGGCGUACGUGGCAUCGUAAUGGAUGACCGCGGUAACCCAGUGGUGAAGGCUUUCCUGCGUGUAUCCAAUCGCACUAUCGGCUUCAAGACCACGUCCAGAGGAGAGUACUGGAGGAUCCUCCGGCCCGGUCGUUACACGCUUGAGGUCUCCGCGCCGGGAUUCCACACGGCCAAGCAGGAUUUCAUCGUGCUCGAGCAGCAGAUCUCCAUUCUGAACGUGACGCUCAAGUCUUUACACGAGGAGACCGAUGAGCCCGAACAGCUGCAGCCCGAACCGGACUCGGCACAGAGUGCAGUGCCGCAGCCUACGGAUUCUGCUUGGAAGAAUAAGUACCGCAUUUCACGAUCUAUAUUCUCGGAUGAAGACUUCCUGCAUCCCGACUCUUCGGGGCUAAGCUUCUUCCUGGCGCCAUCGUCGCUUCAGAGAGCGCCUUCCAUGUGGAACUCCAUAAAGUCCGGCUUCGGAAACAUCUUUGGGAACUUCGGCUGAGUGAAUUCGCGUGCACCGCGACACGGCGGCCGUGAAAAGCCCGGCUGCGUGUCGAGCCGCGCUCGACGGGCGACAGCAGUGCGGGAAUUCUGCGCUCGCCGGGGUGCCGUCCUGCACCAGUGCUCGGAGUGUGUUGCUCGGCGUGUUUGACUUCGCAUCACCGCUGCUGCCGCCCAUUUCUUGCCUUUCGGAAGCAGGGUUACAACACGGCAGCCUUUCCGCAGCUGCGUAAGACUUCCGCGCAAGGGUCGCCAGCGUGCUACCCAAUCUGGAGGACCCUGUGUCACGAACGUUAGAGUUUGGUGCAAAUAUCUCCAAGUGGCCGCCGCGAGCUCCAAUCCGUUGUCCGCCAGGCCGACCUGGUGUAGCCGGGGUGUUUGUUGAAAACAUGUUCGUGGCUAUUUUAUUAUUUCUUGUAAACUGGCCGUCGUUCGUUUACAUGAAACCGUUCCUUGACAAAGUAUGACGUUUGACUUCGUUGGUAGGUUGUAACAGCAUUUUAGUCUUUAAUUUCAAAAAGUAGUUCAUCUAAAAGUUCAACUCAUUGAAGGAAUGACCAUUCCUCACUCUAAUCUGUUUCGCUGAAGGAGAAUUAAAAAAAAAAAAUAACGAUGGCUUCGGUGGCUAGUACGUUCCUUCCUCUUCCUUUUUUCUUCAUGUGUGCUGUCGAUGCCUUGAAGACAGUUGACUGGCUGCGCUCCGAGGUAAAAUUUAUGAGCGCAGAGAAAAUUUAUGGACACAAUUUAUGUACUGAAAUAUAUACUAGGAGGCCAUCACUGACUUUGAAGCAAGUAUUAUCAAAGGCCACGCACAAAACCUACGGUAAUGCAGCUCCUACGGACUAAACGUCGAAUUUCUUUCACGACAGGUCAUUGUAUGAAACUCUAUGGCACCGAGAAUCAAGCGUAAAGCUGCUAUCGGUGUUUCCGGCUCUCAUAAGUGCAACAGUCGCGUUUACCUUUCUCGUUUUCCUGCCCAUUGGCAGUGGUUCGCAAACCUCUGAGCUGGAUUCGCGUGCAGCAAUGGGUCGCAGUUCGUGACACAAUUCUUCGAUCAUAUGUGCGUUCCUCUAGAGGACAAAUUGACUAGAACUUGACGAACGAGUCGCAUACUGUUAUGUUUGAACGGUUAGAACGCAGUCAGCGGUUUUAUCUUUGCACAACAUCUAUUCUUUUUUGUUUGCUUGCAGGCCACACAUCGCGCGCUGUGUGUGUCAGAGUUCUUAUCAUAAAGAGUGAAUCACCUUGUUACAAUAAAGAGAGAAGAAUCUCACCA